AUGCAGUCCCAGUUGCAAUCACUGAUCCAAUCACAGGGACUUGCACUGCCUCCAGAGCCUGAGGUUGGUCCCUCAGCUGCUCGUGUCAACACAAAGGGGAGUUGUGUUGAUCCCUCACCGACCAAUCCAGACACGGGUGACUCAGACAAAUGCAGAACACGAGGUUUAGGUCGUGCUAUAGGUAGACUUAUAGGCAGAGAUAGACAUGAUGACCAUGAUGCAGUUGAUGUUCCCGAGAGACGUAGGCCUACUGCCUCAGCCCGUAGGCAACGGGUUCAUCAAAUGACUGCGGAUGCACGUGAUAUGGCUGAGGAUGUUGCUGACAUGGUUGAGGAUGUCCCUGAUCUGGCUAAGGAGGCACCUGAGAUGCGUGCAGACGUACAGGGUGCUGAUGGUGUUGAGGGGUCAAAUGCUGAUGAUGCUGAGGGAUUCCCUGGUGGGCCACGUGACCCGUGGCACAGCAAGACCAGCACCUUCCACCUUCGGGUAGGAGAGUUGACGAUCACAUUGGAUGAUGUGUCGUCACUCCUUCAUUUUCCUAUCAUUGGCGCGUUGCACAGUUUUUAUGCUCGUUCUACGGAGGAGGCAAGAUUUUUGCUGACAGAGUUGCUUGAGGUGUCUGCUGAGGAGGCUAGAGCUGAGACAACACUGACACGUGGGGCAUACAGUGCAACAUACGUGCAUGUGGUUCACCUAGACGCUUUUCGUGACCUCGGUCAGAGUGGUGGUUAUGCUUGGGGAGUUGCCACGCUGGUUCAUAUGUAUGACCAGUUAGAUGAGGCUUCAAGGACCACCACACAACAGCUUGCGGGGUACCUGACUCUAUUACAGUGCGUGGCAUAUGAUACAUACCAGGAGACGUCCCCACGUGCUUCCCGGUGGUUGAUGUCGAAGGCACACAUGAAGGGAAUCACAGGAGCACCUUACAGGGCACGCUGUGAUGCUUUGAUCAUCACAGAUGUGUCCUGGUUUCCGUACACUGAGCAUCGGGGGGUUAAGGCCUUUGAGCUGAUUUCAUCAUUUCAGGGUCAGCUAAGAUGGGGUCCUAUGGUGGUCACAGCUUGA